CCCACGAGUGCUCAUUUCAAAGUCUCGAGUAAGACGGUGUUACUUAAUGUUUGAAACUUUGUAAAGGGUGGUGACUUUUUUCUCACAGCAUGUAUAUGUUAUAAUAUGAUCUACUGACACAUUUGGAUUGUAUAUGUAUAGAAUUUGCUUUUUGUAAUUGGGAACGUUUAACUCUAUAGUUUUCACCCGCGAAUGUACUGCGUAACUGCCGUGGGAUUUUGUUUUACGCAUAGUGGUUUCUCGCCAGUACAAUGAAUGAACAUCACCUCUUUGGUUCUCAAGACAAUUAUGGUUUGAAUUUGGACACAGCAGCACUUACACACCAUGGAGUACAGUUUGCCAUACACAGUAAUGGUAACUUUGUUAGUUCCCAGCAAGGUCGAGGAAUUAAAAGAACUAACCAUGAACUGCCACCACACUUAAAUACAGUCCACUACCUCAUAAAUGGCCACAUGGCUCAAGCAGGGGUUGAAAAUCCUGUGGACUUAUCAAAUGGACGUAUAUCCAUCAAUGGAUUGAGUGAAAGUGAAAAUCAGUACGAAACCGAUGAUAGACAAUCCCAAUCACAGUAUAGACACAGUGGUGUGCGUGUAGGCAUUCCGGAUCAAUCACAUGAUGCAACUUCACAUUUAUUUACGGGUUCACUCACACCUCCUGACAAACUUAAUGGAGACCUUGUUCCUAUGUCCACUACCAGUCCCCUCAGUAUCAGUACUAUUGGUCCCCCCAUGCAAGCCCCACCUAGCCCAUUACCUACCCCCUCUCCACCCAUGCGACACCCGUCAGACGGAUCCGGAUUAAGAGUUCCAAGUUAUGAACAGUCUCAUCAUAGCUUAAGAAAAGAUCAGAGAUUAACAAGAGAAGCAAUGCGAAAAUAUUUACGAGACAGAAGCGAUCAAAUAUUAGUAAUUCUCCAUGCUAAAGUCGCUCAAAAAUCCUAUGGGAAUGAAAAAAGGUUUUUCUGUCCACCUCCGUGUAUAUAUUUAUUUGGGAAGGGAUGGAAGAGAAAACACGAGCAAAUGGAAGGUGAAGGUUGUACGAAAGAAGAAGCCCAAGUCUGUGCUUUUAUGGGUAUAGGUAAUUCAGAUCAAGAAAUGGUACAACUUCACUUAGAAGACAAGGAUUACUGUGCUGCCAAAACUUUGUACAUAUCAGACUCAGACAAAAGAAAACAUUUUAUGUUGUCUGUGAAAAUGUUUUAUGGCAACGGACAAGACAUUGGCUUAUUUCUGGGAAAAAGGAUAAAAGUGAUAUCAAAACCUUCCAAGAAAAAGCAGUCUUUAAAAAAUGCAGAAUUGUGCAUAGCUUCUGGGACCAAAGUGGCUUUGUUCAACCGUUUACGUUCUCAAACUGUUAGUACCCGCUACUUACAUGUAGAAAGCUAUAAUGGAAAAUGUAACUUCCAUGCUAGCUCAACACAGUGGGGUGCAUUUACCAUUCAUUUAUUGGAUGAUAAUGAAGGGGAAUCAGAAGAAUUUACUGUAAGAGAUGGCUAUAUUCACUAUGGCAGCACAGUCAAAUUAGUUUGUUCUGUAACUGGCAUGGCACUACCUCGAUUGGUUAUACGUAAAGUUGAUAAACAGACAGCAUUAUUAGAUGCUGAUGACCCGGUGUCCCAAUUACAUAAAUGUGCAUUUUAUCUGAAAGAUACUGAACGCAUGUACCUCUGUCUUUCUCAGGAGAGAAUUAUCCAGUUUCAGGCCACACCUUGUCCAAAAGAACCUAAUAAAGAGAUGAUCAAUGAUGGUGCUUCAUGGACUAUUAUUAGUACUGAUAAAGCAGAAUAUACCUUUUACGAAGGAAUGGGUCCUGUGAAAAAUUCCUUAACACCAGUUCCAGUAGUAAAUAGCUUACAUUUAAAUGGAGGAGGUGAUGUGGCUAUGUUGGAACUUAAUGGUGAAAAUUUUAAUCCUUCGUUAAAAGUGUGGUUUGGUGAUGUAGAAGCAGAAACCAUGUUUAGGGCAGAAGACAGUAUGUUAUGUGUGGUACCAGAUAUUUCAGCUUUCCGCGCAGGGUGGAAGUGGGUGCGACAACCCUUACAAGCGCCAGUAUCAUUAGUACGAACAGAUGGUGUAAUAUAUGCCACCGGUCUUACAUUCACAUAUACCCCAGAACCUGGCCCCAGGCAGCAUUGUAAAGAUAUGGAAAGAUUAGUGGGGCGAACCUCAUCAGCCAGUCCUGAUUCUACCUCACACAGUACCUUGUGAUUUGGGACUGUUCUAAUGUAUCAAACUUUAUGAAAAAAAAAACAUUGGGACAUAGACUAUAGGAUACCAUAUGGGUUUCACAAUGUAUACAACAGUGUGCUUCACAACAGUUUUAUUAAACACCAGUACACUGGUUAAUAACAACUACAAACAAAUAUAGUGCUGUUUAUAACAACUUCAGGAAUGAGUGCUGUUUAAAAUGUUGUUUUAAAGACUUGAUAAAGAAAAGAACAACUAUCGGAUACAGUACUGUGACAAAUAUAGAAUACCAUUGUUUUUAUUAUUAUUAUUAUUACAUUCUUAGAAGACAGUUCAACUUACAUCAACAUAAGAAAUUCAAGAAGUUCUGUGAACUGUGCGGUUUUAGACUGAAAUAUGCAUAGUGCUGUUGAAAACAUUAAGACACAGUGUGCUUCUUCACCAAAAAGCUGGGAUUAUAUGUGGUUUAAACCUGCAUUUAAUACUAAGAAAAACACACUUUCAUACUUUUUCUUUAUUCAAAUCCAGGAAUAUUCUUUGGCCGUCAUUGUAUUAAACAAAUCAUCUUUAGAGUAUAUUUUAAUCUCUUGUGUUAGGAUUCUGUUUGCCUUUUUUUUAAGUUCAAUUAUAGAGAUACGUUUAUCAUUCACAAUUCUUUAAUAAUUAUUUUAAGUAAAAACCUGUAAAAAUUCCAUAUGUGUUAUUUGAACACCUCAAGAAAAUGUGCUAUUAUAAAAUCAAGUGAAAAAGUUCGGUUUGUUAUAGAUUUUGUUUGUUAUUUGUUCACCAGAAAUAUUAGAUUGUUUCCUUUUUUGUUUUCCUUUCUGUGAAGGGUGUGAAUUUAAUAUUCAUUCACACAAACUUGGAGCAAAAUUUUUGUUAUAGUUUUUUAUGAAUUAAAUAUGUAAACGAAAUUUAAAAAUGUACAUGUAGGAGGGUGGGAGGAAAAUAUUAUAUAUAGGUUUACAACAAGGAGCGUCACUAUUACCACCUAAAUCACUUUUAUUAAUAAAUCAAAAUGUUUCCACUUUUAACGACAUGCCUAGAUUAUUGGGGGUGAUUUUUAUUAUUGGCACUUUGACUGGAAUAUAUACACCAUCAAAUAUAUUAUAUAUAUAUUAUGUUACUUUUUUUGUCUUCAAAUGUAUAGUAUUUGAAUUUUUUUCGGUGACAAUCAAUAAAUACCAUCAUUUUAUUAUAUAGAUAUUGAAUAUAUUUACAUAAACACUACAUAUACAUAUAUCAUUAUAAAAUUGGCUUGUACAAAAAGCCCUUUAUUGAUCUUAGAAAUAUUUAAUAUAUCUUUGUACAAAGGAAUGUAUGAAAUCAAAAUGGCAUUAAUAAUUUUUUUUUUUAUUAUAAUUUUAAGUUUUAGGAAAAAUCUAUAAUAAUAGUUUAUAACAAAAAAAAGGUGACUUCUUGUUGAUAUCUAGAAGUUAAGAAUUUCUACUUAAAGUGGUUCAUAUUAAAAACCUAUGAAAUGUGCUAUAUAAGAAAGAAAAAGGUUAAUUUGUGCCUUGUUUAUUUGUGCUAUGGUUAAUAAUUAAAGUGCCUUUUAAAGGUCUCUGUGUAGGAUAUUUUAUAUCUCUCUAUGGUUAAUGUAUUUACUGUAUAUAUUUCAUUAUUAAAAGCACAAAACUCAAACCA